ACGUACAAGAGCGACUGGGGGAAACCUUCUUCGCUGGGGUACGAUAGAAGGUGUCCCAUACAACCCCACGCCACCCCAUUACUGCAGUCCCCAGUGUUCUCUACAAGCCAUCAAUUAAGACACUCUCUACAUUACACUUCAAUACUGUACAGUACACACCGAAGGACGAAGCUAUGUCAGAGCCCAUUUUGCUCGAAGUCAAGAAGAAUGUCGCCCUCAUCACCCUCAACCAGCCCAAGAAACUCAAUGCCCUGACCGGGGACCUAUACUUCGGCCUCGCGCAGGUAAUGCACAAGGUAGCCGCCAUGGAGGAAGUUACAAUAACGGUGUUGACGGGAACGGGGCGGUACUUUUCAGCUGGAGUAGACUUGUCUUCGGUGCUUGGUGAAGGGAGGGACGAUAAUGAGCGGAAACACUAUUUGAGGCGACUCGCGGCGAACAAUAUGGAGGUUACCAAGGCAUUCUUCGAGCACCCAAAGAUUCUCGUCGUGGCGCUUAACGGUCCUGCUGUUGGUCUCUCUGCUGCGCUUGUAGCUAUGGCAGACUUCAUCUACGCUACGGAGAAAACCUUCAUCCUAACUCCCUUCACCUCCCUCGGCCUCGUCGCCGAGGGCGGGUCCAGUUACAUGUUCCUCCGGAGGAUGGGCGUGGCAAAAGCACACGAAGCGCUGAUCCUCUCCAAGCGUAUUCCCGCCGCCGACCUCAUCGCCUGCGGUUUCGUCAAUAAGAUUUUCCCAGAAGAAGGCUUCCGCGACAGGGUUUUGGAGUUCGUGAAUGAUGCUAUGGGAGACCAUCUAGUUCAUGAGAGUAUGCUUGGUGUUAAAAAGUUGAUGAGGGAUGGUAUGAAGAAGGAUCUUGAGAGCGCGAGUGUUCGGGAGGCGUUCGCGGGCGUGGAGAGAUUUCUGAGCGGGGUCCCACAGAACGAGUUUGCGAGGAUCACGAGUGGGCAGAAGAAGCAUAAGCUGUAAGGGUGAAUGCUGGUAUGGUAUCCAAUGGUGGUGGUGGUGGCAGAAGUGUUGAGGGGGAGUGGGAAGUGGGACACUGCGAUGUCUAUAUUUUAAUGCUCUUUACGUCCCAAAUGUAUAGAUUUGGAAUUGGGCGUACGGUUUCGGGGAAUGGAGAUAUCCUACUGGUGACCCAGGUCGAAACA